AUGGGUGCUCAGGGAAGCAAGGUCAAUUUUCGACAGGCUGUAAUUGAUCUCACAUCGAAACCAGGCAAACAGGAUGAUGACUCCUUUUGGGAGCAAUUAUGGUCGCCUGAUAGUGUUCACAGUGUUAAUGACGUAUUUGCCAUGAUUCCAGCGGAUGACGUUCGAAAAUUGAGGGAGGAUUCACCUAAAAAUCUUGCCACUUUAUGUUACAAAACUUUGGAAAAGUUACAAUAUGCAAGAGAUCACCCUAACAAUCUAAGUGAAAGAAAGGUAAUCAACUGUAUUCGAUUGCUCACUAGACUUAUGCCGUACAUGUUUGAAGAUGCGGAAUGGAGGGGCUACUUUUGGUCAUCGGUACCAACUGGUGAUGGACAAACGCCAAUGGCCAGCGUGUUAUUGGGUAUCCUAAGUGAUCUGCUUUUCUGCCCUGGAUUCACAGUUUCUUCCAAGGAGAAAACCGAUGAUUUGGCUUCGCUCGAGACAUGUGAAUUGAUUUGGGAAGCAGGAGUAGGCUUUGCAAAUAAGCCAGUUUCCAGCGCACAGUUCGACCAGAAUCGUACUGAAAUACUUAAAUUACUUCUGACGUGUUUCUCAGAAGUAAUAUAUGCACCAAUUACUGAUGAGAGUCGCCUUCGUUGGGUUGCUCGUUUUACUUCGGCUGAGAAUCGACACGUGCUACCAUUAUUCACCUCAUUACUUAACGUUGUUUGCGCCUAUAAUCCUGUUGGACUGGGUCUGCCAUACAAUUAUCUGCUUUUUAAUGACUAUCGGGAACCGCUUGUAGAGGCUGCACUUCAGGUCCUUAUUGUAUGUUUGGACAAAGACAGUCAACCACAAGCUGAUGACACUGGCUACUCCGAUAACUACUUUAUCAACUAUCUCGGCAGAAUACAUCGAGAAGAGGACUUUGAUUUCAUGCUUAAAGGCAUAACGAGAUUGCUAAGUAAUCCUUUGCAGUCUACAUACCUGCCUAACUCUGCAAAGAAAGUCAACUUCCAUCAAGAGUUACUAGUAUUACUGUGGAAAUGUUGUGAAUAUAAUCAGAAGUUCUUGUUCUACGUUCUAAAGACAUCAGAUGUCCUCGAAAUUCUGGUCCCAAUUCUAUACCACAUUACAGAAUCAAGGAACGAUCCAACGCGUGUCGGUUUAAUUCACAUGGGCGUGUUCCUUGUGCUGCUGCUAAGUGGAGAACGUAAUUUUGGUGUACGUCUCAAUAAACCCUAUAUCGCAAAAGCAGCCAUUGAUAUUCAGUCUUUUACGGGAACUCAUGCUGAUCUGUUAAUCAUUGUGUUCCAUAAAUUAAUAACCACAGGAAAUCAUAGACUUCAAUCUUUAUUCGAUUGUCUACUUACAAUAAUUGUAAAUGUAUCUCCAUAUCUAAAAUCGCUGUCAAUGGUGGCAGCAAAUAAGUUACUUCAUUUGGUCGAAGCAUUCUCAACUCCCUGGUUCCUAUUUUCUUCACCAACAAAUCACCAUCUUGUGUUCUUCCUUCUUGAGGUGUUCAACAAUAUUGUGCAGUAUCAAUUUGAUGGUAACUCUAACUUGAUCUAUACCAUAAUACGCAAACGACAAGUGUUUUAUCAGCUUGCCAACCUCCCAACAGAUGCAGCAUCAAUCUCAAAAUCGCUUUCGGGAAGAAAAGGAAAAGCUAGAGAGGAAAUGGUAGACCAACUGAAGAGUCCAACAGCUCCAGCGGCGCCAGAAAUCCCAACUGGGUCCACUGCUGGUUUGGCCGCCACCCCUCAAGUGACAAGUAUGCCUGGAAGUUCAAACGAAACAGAUGGGAAAGUGAGUCCAGGAGAAGAUUGGGCACCUACUGCUGAGUGGGCAGAACAGUGGAAAUCAAAACUUCCACUGCAAACAAUAAUGCGUCUACUCCAGGUUCUAGUUCCUCAAGUGGAGAAGAUAUGCAUUGACAAAGGUCUCACUGACGAAAGCGAAAUUCUGAAAUUCCUCCAACAUGGCACACUUGUGGGACUUCUACCAGUACCGCAUCCGAUCCUUAUUCGAAAGUACCAAGCAAAUGCUGGAACAAAUCACUGGUUCAGGACUUAUAUGUGGGGAGUGAUUUAUUUGCGUAACACAGAGCCUCCGAUUUGGUACGAUACUGAAGUCAAGCUAUUUGAAAUCCAGUAA